ACAAUAGUCGUUGUCGAAUUUCCUUUGUUUGAAUCACAAGAAAAGUGGUCUCUGGUUUGAAAGUGCAUGAUGCCCGUAAAUGGAGGGAGACUCUUCAGUCUUAGCAGAUAUGAGACACAUUAUUUCAAAGAAGCCAAGACUCAGCCAGCUGACCUGCCAGUGAACUAAAUGACAUCACACAGCAGAAAAAGCCAAUUUGACUCACUGUGCCACUGGGCUUGCCUGUACCCUGUUCUCAUCACUGUUCAGGAGAGACAGAUGUACAGUAGGAGCAAGCAUAUUAUACACACUUGGUUCUCUCUCUGCCUCAAUACUCAAUACCACUGUCCUACCACUAGGAUGUAGCACCACUCUCACCGACAGCUGGUCAGGAAGGAUUUGUUAGGAGUGGUUUUAAGAUGCUGUACUGUGGGAGAUGGAAUACGUGUGUGGUAAAUGUUGGUAUUUUUGGUGAGCUCCUGUCCUGUAAAAUGUUCCCUCGCUGAUCCAGAAGCUGGAUACAUUUUUCAUAAUGCUGGCUACUUCAAAUAUUUGGGAAUGCACUGUUGCACUGCCCAACAUUCCAUCUCUCUGCCUGGAGGUAUACAUACUACAGACCCCCAGACUCCCACGCUCUGGUCUGCUAACUAGUAUCCACACUGAUUCCAAUUAUCUUGUCUCUUUUUUUUAUCAUGGUGGAUUUUGCAAUAUCCUCCAUCACGUGUGUGGCUAUAUCCUAAUUCCUCACACUCAAUCACAAGUGAUUUACAAUGUAGUUCUACUAGUCUGUAGAAUACCUGUGUGUCAAUCAAUAUAUGCUCAUUCUAUAUUGAGUCAUAGCAAUAGUCAAGGGGUUUAUUCACUAGGAACCAAACACAGAGGACUAGCCUGUACUUUCCCAAUAGGAAACGUUAAUUUUCGCUGCAAAAGGUUUUCUGUUGCACAACGUUUUGCCACAGUUUGCUAGUGUGCACUAAUGAAUACACCCCAGUCCUCCCUUACCACUCCUUAUCUGUCCUGUGAGUCCAAACUUCUAAAAGUGGAUUAUGAUCUGUCCCAUCCUCUGUCAGCCAGAGUGAUGCCCCCAUUUCCAAAAGCCUGGGCUGGAGAUGUCAGCAGCACAGGGAUUCGGCUCCACUUAAUUUUAAGUAAAAAAAAAAAAAAAGUUAUUCAAACCUGCGCUCUCAGAUUGGCUGUGUGUGCCCCCGUGUGUUUUUUAAAGUAUGUGGUAAAAGCGUUUGUUUUUCUGUAUGUGUGAGUAUUUGGGUUAAAUGCUUACACACACAAUUGCAUACUCAUUUGUAUGUGUGUGCGAUUUAGGUCGGUGCAUUAUUUUGUGUGUGUAUUUUAAUCAUCAGCAUGGUUGUGCGAUUGUGUAAACACAGUCUGUGGAUGGUGGGAUUUGCGCUGAAUGUAGGCCAGCAGAAUCCAGCUUAUGUCAAAGCUAGGCAGGCCAAAGCAGGGUGUUGCAGUUACCGCUGGUGCUGCUGUGGAAAUGGAGGAGGUAGAGUCGUAGCAGCGCAUCAGAGGAGGUAGAGGAGCAGAGGAGAAACCAUGAAGACGGUCCUUCACCAGCACAGGAAAUGGAUCCACACCUACAAGGCCACUCCCAUCCUCAAGGGGCUUAGCCCAGUCAUGGAGGAAACCAUGUGGGAGCAGUAUACUGUGACACUGCAGAGGGACCCCAAGAUGGGUUUUGGUAUUGCAGUGUCCGGGGGGCGGGACAACCCCAAUGAGGAAAGCGGGGAGAUGUCCAUAGUAGUGUCUGACGUGCUUCAGGGAGGGCCCGCCGAUGGCCUGCUAUUUGAGAAUGACCGGGUGGUGCAGGUGAACGCUAUUCCCAUGGAUGGUGUGCCACACUCCUUCGCUGUACAGACCCUCAGAAAGUGUGGGAAAGUAGCCAAAAUUACAGUCAAGAGGCCCAGGAAGGUUUCGGUCAACCUGCUGAAACACGGCCCUUCCCCUGACGACCGUGUCUUCAACAACAAUGACUAUGACCAGGACCGCCACAGUGUGUACAGUGGACGCAGUGGUCAUCAAGAUCGUGACCACAGCCAGGAGAGGGGAGGUUACACAGACGCUGGCUACCAGGGACAGGGCUUUGACCGGGAUUACGGUCGAGAUGACCGGGGCAGGAGUAUGGAGAGGGACAUUGAUCCAGAGAGGCAGUACAGACGAGACGGCAGCAAAGGUCGGACUCUGGACCGCGAACGUAGCCCUGACCGCCGCUACAAAAGUGACCGCACUCUUGACCGUGACCACAGCCCCAAUCUGCGUUACCGUAGUGAUCUCACUCUUGACCGCGACCCCAGCCCUGACAGGCGUUUCCGUAGCGAACGUACUCUGGACCGGACUAACAGCCCUGACUUGCGAUACAGAGCUGGUCACAGUCCUUCCCGCAGUCACGGUCGCGACCACAGCUUUGAGCGGAACCGCAAACGUGUUCCUAGUGACCGCGACCAGAAGAAGGAGCAGAUGAAGAGGAGUGGGAGCAGGGAACGUUUGGACCGUUCACCCUCCCCCGUAUCCAUGCCAAUCCCCAUGUCCCGCCCUCCUUGGGAGCCGGAGCCCCUGGAGAAACCCGUUAGUGUGCUGCUACUGAAGAACAGGCCCAACGAAGAGUAUGGUCUGCAUCUGGGUAGUCAGCUGUUCAUUAAGGAGAUGACCAGCACAGGUCUGGCCUGCAGGGAUGGCAACCUCCAGGAGGGAGACAUCAUACUGAAGAUCAAUGGUACGGUGACAGAGAACCUGUCUCUGAGUGAUGCAGGGAAGCUGAUCGAGAAGUCUCGUGGGAAGCUGCAGCUGGUGGUGCAGAGAGACAGAAGACAGGUCCUCAUCAGGAUUCCUCCCCUGGUAGACAGUGACUCUGAGCUCGAUGAUAUCUCAGAGAUCGGGUCGUACCGCUCCUACUCGCCACAGGAUGACCGACGGGCCCCCACCUCAGACCUGUCUUCCCAUUCCUCCAAUGAGAGGCUCAGAGACAAACCCAGGGAGGACCCACCAAGCAGGCUGGCUAAGAUGGGCGCCAUGCCGACACCGUUCGCCAUGCCAGCACGAGUAUCGGAUAGAGUUAUGGAGGACACGCCCCCUCUGCAAGCAGAGAGGGAGGAGUCCCGCCCAGAAACGCCCCCAGCAUCGGUAGUCAAUGUUGCCCCAAAAGUCCACGCUUCCCCAAAGCUGCCGCUGAGGCCAAGCAUAGAGGACCAGGACAUAUACGGCCCCAGCACGGGGAUGGUGCGUUUCCAGAAGGGAGAUAGCGUGGGGCUGAGGCUGGCGGGAGGAAACGAUGUGGGAAUCUUCAUUGCAGGCGUUCAGGAGGACAGCCCUGCAGAACAGGAGGGCCUUCGCACCGGGGACCAGAUCAUGAAGGUGAAUAACAUGGACUUCAGGGGCAUAGUGCGUGAGGAUGCUGUCCUGUACUUGCUGGAGAUUCCAAAGGGAGAUGAUGUCACCAUCCUGGCUCAGAGCAAACCUGAUGUCUAUAAGGACAUCCUGGCAUCGGGUAGGGGGGACUCUUUCUUCAUCAGGACCCACUUUGAGUAUGAGAAAGAGGUUCCCCAGAGCCUGCCCUUCUUCCGGGGGGAGAUCUUCAAGGUGACGGACACACUCUAUGACGGCAAGCUUGGCAACUGGCUGGCCAGCCGCACUGACAAAGACAACCAGCUGCUGGAGAAGGGUAUCAUCCCCAAUAAGAGCAGGGCUGAACAAAUGUCAAAUGUGCAGAACGCCCAGAGAGGAACAGCCAAUGACAGAGGAGACUUCUGGAGGUUGAGAGGUCAAAGAGCGGUGAAGAAGAAGGACCUCCGUAAGAGCAGAGAGGACCUGACUGCCAUCUCUGUCACCACACGCUUCCCUGCCUAUGAGAGGGUGGUCUUACGAGAAGCUGGCUUCAGGAGACCAGUGGUUGUGUUUGGGCCCAUCGCAGACGCAGUCAAUGAGAAACUGGGAAACGACCUGCCUGAAGAGUUUGUCAUAGCCAAGACUGAGCCCAAGGAUGCAGGCACUGAGAAGUCCUCCGGUGUGGUGAGACUCAAUACCAUUCGACAGAUCAUAGAACAGGACCGCCAUGCCCUGCUGGAUGUAACUCCCAAGGCGGUGGACACCCUAAAUUAUACCCAGUGGUACCCCAUCGUGGUGUUCCUCAACCCGGACAGCAAGGGUGGCGUCAAGACCAUGAGGAACCGCCUGGUGCCCGGCUCCAACCGCAGUGCCCGCAAACUCUACGAGCAGGCGGUCAAACUGAGGAAGACCUGUUCUCACCUCUUCACCGCGACCGUUGACCUGAACUCAGCCAAUGAUGGGUGGUACGGGAGUGUGAAGGACUCUAUCCGGGCACAGCAGGAGCGGGCCGUGUGGGUCUGUGAGGGCAAGUUGGACGGCUCGGAGGAGGACCUGGAUAUCCAUGACGACCGCAUGUCAUACCUGUCAGCGAUGAGCGCUGACUACCUGAGCAUGGACAGCCGGCUGACCAGUGACUACGACGACACGGCCGAUGAGGGCGGGGCUUACACCGACAACGAGCUGGACGAGCCAAUGGACGAGCCCCAUCAGCCGGUGUCGGCAAUCAGCCGCUCCUCAGAGCCCGUACUGACAGAGAGACCCCAUCUUGCCCCCAUACUGCAUAUGAGGAGAUCAGGGAGCAGAGAGGGGCUGAGAGACCCCAGUCCACCCCCCUCCUUCGUCCCUGAGCCCCCCAAGCAGGUGAGGGUGCAGUCUCGCGGGGGCUACGACUCCCACUCCAGUAGCACCAUUAGCAGCGACACUGCCGGGGGGACCAAGCCAGCCCCACCUCCAGUUGCCCUCAAGCCCACCGUGGCCCUUAAGCCUACUCUGAGGGCACUCAACCAGUCAUCUGAGGACCACGCUGUCCCGGAGGGAGAGGACCCGGCCAACCGCUCCUUCAUCGGCAAGGUGAAGGCCUUUGAAAAGAUGGACCACCUGGCCAGAGCCCAGAGGAUGCUGGAGCUCCAGGAGGCUGAGCACGCACGGCUGGAAAUAGCCCAGAAGCACCCAGACAUCUAUGCAGUCCCAGUGAAACUACCAAAGCCCAACCACAACCGCCCACAGCCAAUAGGCUCCAGCUCCAACCCGGAGCCCCAGACCCCAUCCUCCAGGCCACCGUACUCUGAGAGCAGGGGUCAUUUCGACGAUGAUGAGGAAGAGUACCGCAGACAGCUGGCUGACCAGACCAGACGAGGCUACUACAGUAACCCCCAGAAAUACAAAGACACUGAGCUGUAGGACAGACAGACCCACCUAUCGCACCCUUUCGUUCUCACCCAAUCAGCGAGGCCCUCACUGUGCUCACUCAAACAGCCUAGUGUUACGGUUGCCUAUCCGAAUCUUUGGCCCGACCUAGUGGCAGGAGGAUAUAUCCCGUUCCUUGUGACCACUAACCAAGUAUGUGUCCUUACCUUGACUGUUUGUUUGCCUCACUAUGUGGAUGGUGAAUCUGCAUUUUUAACCUCCCAACCUCAUGUGUACCCUGAUGGGUAGUGUUUGAUCUUCACCCUCAACCCCUCAGUCAUAUCUGCCCAGACCAAUGGAGUCUGAGUACCCUGUCUUUUAAAAGAAAUGUAAAUCUUACAUUUGUGUAUAUAUUUAUCUUUAUACAUGUUAUACAUCGCAUUCUUUGUUACAUUAAUAGAAAUGUAUUUGGACGGACAGAAUAUUUUGUCUACUGCUGCUCUAUGGUCUGCUAGUGGUGGAGAAUCUAGCCUGUAUCCUUUUAAAUCAUGCAUUGUAUACCCUUUUGAUUUACUCUACACUUGGACAUUUUGUCUCCUUAAAUACUAGAGAUCAGCACAUACAAAGUGCCUUUAGCUCUGAAAGUGUAACAGUGUCAGAUCACUGAAAGAACAAACAAGCAGUCAACACUUGGCUCUCAGAGGUGAUGGGCAAAACAUGCCAGUUUACUUCUGUAUUAGCUGCAUCCAUACAACCUGAGACGAUCACAUUUUUAUGGCAUAUACAGUAUAUACGUUUUUGUUUUUUUUACCAGUGACUCUUACUGUCUUUAACAUGUCUGUUGCUUUGCUCUACAUGUCUGUAUUCCUCUACUAUUUUUUAUUCAUGUUCCUCAGGCUGCUGAAAUCGACUGUAGGGAGUUUUACUUUCUCAAACAAAUACACAAAUAAAUAACUUAACUUUCA